GCAGUACAACAAUUGCAGUCGAGAGCAGAAGAAGUGCAGGUUGCUUAAUUUGAUCAAAUGGAAGCCUCGAAGAUUUGCAAUGCCAAGGCUGAAGAGAACAUCACCUAUUUUGUGGGCACCGAUCUCAUUUCAGAGGCUUGGAAUGCAUGCCAAAAUGCUUACAAGUCCAGAGACUUCUAUAAAAUUGAAUAUAAAAACGUUUUAAUUAUCGCAUUUAGUGGUGCUCCAAAUUCAAGAGAUUAUGUCACUGACAAUGACUUUGAUGAAUGCGAUAUAAAUUAUAAUUUUAAUGAUGAAUUCAACUGUCUGGUAGACGGUGAUUCAGAAAACCCAAAGCCAGCUAUGGUACGAAAAGCGUUUUUGGACAGAUUUCUUUGCAUGCUGCGAUCAUCUAACCUCAAGACUAAGAUUCUCGAAUUUCAGAAAGAUAUUGUUGAGAAGAAAACUAUAAUCUUCACUGGCCAUUCCUUUGGUGGAGCAAUCGCAUCCCUGUGGACACUCUGGACACUAGAGAAACGCCAUAAAAUUCCUCCAUUGUGCAUCACAUUUGGGUGUCCGUUGGUGGGAGACAAGAUAUUUGCCAAAGCAAUUGAAAGAGAAAAAUGGUCUCACUACUUCUGCCAUAUAGUUUCAAGGAAUGACAUUGUCCCUAGAAUUUGUUUCUCACCUUUCAAGUCAUCAUUCAUCUCCAAAGCCCUGGACGAACUAUUGCCCUACUGGUACGAUUCCAUGAGGAAUCGGAAGGCAGAGAAUCAGACCAAGGCUGAAAAUCAGAGCAAGGUAGAAAAUCAGAAGACAGUCCAAGAUGGAAGCCAUCCACUCUCAAAAGAAAAUUCUCAGGAAUUUAUAAAACAGGUAAUCAGUGAUGCUUCUCAAGUACUAACACAUGAGACUACAGCUCUUGUUGUGGGACCUGCUAAUUUGGUAGGAGGUGCUGCGAAAGACCUAAUAAAAAGUAGUCCCUACAGGCCAUUUGGUUAUUAUGGAAAACACAGAAACUGCACUGCAUAUGUUGUAUUUUGCUCUGGAAAACAGCAAACUUUUUGGGGCUUGCAUUAUGGAGCACAUAGAGUAUGAUAAAACAAUAAAACACAUAUCCAAAAGUUCAGGUCUAGCAGCAUCAUAUUCAAAGACUGUCAAGUCUGACAAAUCCUCGGCAGAUGAUGUUAGAAUUGAUUUGCAGUUGGAAGCAAUGGGGAUUGGUAAUCAGAAUACUCAAGCUUGGCUUGGAUUAAAGACUAUUAAACAUGGACCAACAAAUUGUAAAGUUGGACGAGAUGCAGGAGUUCAUGGCCGAGCUGGAAUGGUAUAAAACAAUGUGUGAAGGCAAUCAAAGUAACCAGGAUAAGGAUUUGAAUGCAAACAAACAAAGUUACUAUGAGUGCUUCAAGACAAACAAAACAGAGAAUGAUAUGAAGGCAAACAAAAACAGGGUCAAACUUGCUGCUUUCUGGGAUAGAAUAACUGAAUUAGUGGAGAAAGAAGAAUUGCCAAAGGAUCUGCAAACUCAAGAUAAGUGGAUCAAUGCAGGGACUGAAUACAGAUUGCUUGUAGAGCCUCUUGACAUUGCACAUUAUUAUCGCCUUGGUAAGCAUGAAGACUCUGGGUCUUAUAUUGCUCGUGGCAGACCUAGACGUUAUAAACUUCUUCAGAAAUGGUUGGACGACAAGAAGAAAAAAUGUGGAACAGAAUCAGUGACACGAACCAAACCACCUAUCCUUACACAGAAUUCAUGUUUUUGGGCUUAUGUUGAAGAAGCUAUUAAUUCCAGCACUGAUAAAGAACCAAAAGACUAUAAAAUGCAACUGGAGAACAUGGUGGCUCGCCAUGAGAUUUCUUCAGAAGAUUUAUCCAGUAGUACCAUCACGAACUGGCAGAAUAGCCUAUCAAGCAAGGCCGGCUGAAAUUUUCCAAGACCACCUAACAAUUUGAAAAUUGCACUCUGGAAGAAAUGGAUUGAUAUGGUGUAUACAAUUACAAUAUAGACCGCAGGCUAGAGUAUCAGAGAUUUUCUAUCGCCUAAUAUCAGGAAAGAGAGUAUAUUGGAUAUAGUGGCUAUAUGUAUAGGAUCAUCAAUGUGUGUUUAUUACCAAGCAGUUUGUUGUGUUUUUAUUACAAUGUAAAUGAUUUGGGAAAUAAAAGUAUGGUUCACAUUUCUUAUACUAUAACUGAAGUGGUUGCAGUUCAGUAAUGGAGGGAGUUUGUUCAUAUAAA